AUGUCAAACUUGAACAAGCUCGAAUUUGCUCCAUUGAACUCAACCGGUGUUGGAUAUCACAAAUGGGUUCGUGAUGUCCAAAAUCAUCUGACCACCCAAGGGAUCUUAGCAUCGAUCCAUGCACCUAAUCCUGAUGUGAUCGCGCAAAAUGUCCCACCCAUGGCUGUAACAAACAACGCCAAGGCACUCAUUAUGAUUACGCGCCAUAUGGACAAAUCGCUUCAACUUGACUACAUGAAUGAGUAUAGUGCUAGAAACCUAUGGGUUGCGCUUCAAAAACUUUUUGGGAAUGUUUAUGACUCCCUCCUUCCGGAUUUGGAAGUGCAAUGGCCCAAUCUCCGUUUCUUUGAUUACAAGACUAUUGAAGUAAAUGCGAGAAGGAUCACAAGGUUUCAUGAGCUGAUCACAACUAUGUGUGUUGCUGAAAAACAUGACAACAUUGUUGUGAAGAAUUAUAAUUCCCAACCCGAUGGCACUAAGGUUAUCUCGGAGUCGAAUUAUAAUGACGCCUCUAAGGGAGGCUGUCGCGAGCGAAACCCUGAACAUAAGGGUAAUCACUUAGAACGUCCUGGUCCAUAUGAUCACUCUGCUCAGGAAGGAAAUCGCCGGAAUGACCAGCACAACAACCGCCGCUGUCGCGGACAGAGAGGAGCGGAUGGCCAUGGUGGAGUCGCCGCCAGCCUUAGGUGCCAUGGUUCUCGCGCAAAUCCGCCUCAACCAAGGGAGAAUCCUCCAACUCAUAAUGAAGUUUGUUUCCGAUGUGGAGCAUCUAAUCAUUGGGCCAAAAUUUGCAAAGCACCUGAGAAUGUAGCUGCUGCCUACAAGGCAUAUAGAAUUGUAAGGGAAGCUCAUCUCAUGGAAUAUAAGAUGAAGAUUUCGAGCUGA